UGCCAGGAGCAUCAAGCAUCCACUUAGUGGUCGCUGUUUCACUGGUACUGAUCGAGUUGCACAAUGACUGGUCGUGGUAAGGGAGGAAAAGGAUUGGGAAAAGGAGGAGCAAAGCGUCAUAGAAAGGUUUUGCGUGAUAACAUCCAAGGUAUCACCAAGCCAGCCAUCCGUCGUCUUGCUCGUCGUGGUGGUGUGAAACGUAUUUCUGGAUUGAUUUACGAAGAAACGCGUGGUGUACUGAAGGUGUUCUUGGAAAACGUUAUCCGAGACGCCGUAACCUACACUGAACACGCCAAGAGGAAAACUGUGACGGCUAUGGAUGUAGUCUACGCCUUGAAACGUCAAGGAAGAACUCUUUACGGUUUUGGUGGUUAAUUUCCCUUGCUGCGUCCUUCUACGAACAAACGGCCCUUUUCAGGGCCAACAACAUUUUCAACGAUGGAAUUUUCUGUUUCAAAGAACCGUGUAAAUCGAUAAAGUAAUCAUGAAAGGCAAGACCCAUCAUAUAAAUCUAUGUUUACAUCAAGGUUUACACCAAGUUUUUUAGAUGUCUUAUCAAUCCUUCAUGGAGUUGUCUUUUUAGAUAUCAAAUGCUUGUUCCUUUGUCUGAAGUUAUACAUAAUGCAUAGUGAAAACGGUUGAAUGAGGUUAUAAAGUUGAAUAUUGUAGUUAUUUCAAAA